AUGGAUUCCAAUAGAAAUUCUCUAAAAAACAUGCCCGAACUAGUCAUGGAAAAGAUAUUAUCCGAUUUGGAUUUUUUCGAUUUAAUUUCCCUUCGAAAAGUUUGCCAAUCUAUUCGAUUUUUCAUCGAUAAUUUCCGAAAAAUGAAUCCAAAAUUACAAAGCAUUCGGAUUACUGUAGAACCAAAAUCAAUAAAAUCGACUUAUCGAUUUUUGGAUAAUUCGGAAAGAUUGAUAAUUUAUCAGACGCUUCCAAAUAGAUCAAGUUUGUUGAAGUGGGAUCAAAAGAAAAGAAUUUUGGCAAAUUCGAAUUAUAUGGAUAUUUUUUUGAAGGAUUUCGAGAUUUUCUGGAAGAAUCAAAAGCUGAAAAUGGAGAAAUUCCAGCUGGAUCUAGCUGGAAAUCCCUUAAAAAUCAUCUAUGGAAUUCGAAAAAUUUUGGCGGCAAAUUAUGAGAAUAAUUCAAAUUUCGAACUUGGAAAAUUCGAAAUUGAAACAUCGAAUCCUUGUCAAAUUCCCAAAAUUUUAUCGAAAAUAAAUCCGAAAACUCUGGAAAUUUGGAAUAAAAACGAUGAAAAAGAAUAUUGGGAUUUGGAAGAAAUUUCAAAAUUGAAUCAAUGGAAAAAUGCCAAAAAAUUGACGAUUAAUGGAUUUUAUGUGGACCCGGAGAUUCGAAUUUCGGAGAAUUUCGAAAAAAUCGACUUGAUUUUUGAGGCGAUUUCUUGGGAACAGGUUUUGGAAUUUAAAAAG